AUGCGCUCCAACCUCCUGUAUUUCCUCCUUAGUACCAUCCUCCUUGUGCUCGCUCUGGCCGCACCCGCGGAGUACGAUCAUGGCCUCGAAGCUCGAGGGGAACUCGACAUUGACAACCGCGGUGCAGUCUCCCUCAAUCGUCGUGACGAAUCCGCCGAAGACGCCACAGAUGCCGCCGACGUUGCAGAUGAUGAGAGUGUCACGGACGCCGAGGCGGCGAAACGGGACCCAACUGGCCGCUGUCCCGCAGGCAAGGUCCCCCGCACGAAGGGCACAUCUCCCACGACGCUCUUCCAGAGCGGAGAUCUCGGACUGCACUCCGUGCUUGACAGCCUUCAGCUUGGCCAGGAACCCCCACCUCACGCUGACAACGUUUGGGCGUCGAGUGUCAAUCUGUCUGGCCGAGGUCUGGUAGAGAGCGGAGGUCCGGUGGAAGUGUUGUUUGCCUCCGCAGUCCGACGCGACCGUGGGGAUUUUCCGAGCGGGACGCGCAAAGCCGACCGACGUCAUGUCGGCGGCCGGAAGAAUGGUCGAGGUGACUACCGUUUUCCGACGUUGUCUCCACUCUCUACAAUUCUGCCGACAAAAGCACGUACGCCGUCGACUUUGCGAGGCGCAGUACCCACCAUGAUCCGAACAUUACGCCCCCUCGCCCGGCUACCCUCCAGCGUCGGCGCUGGCCCGUCGCGCCCCAUCGCUUUCGCCCGCAGCUUCCAGACCGGAUACCAGAAGCCUUCCUCUGGACCUGUCGACCUCGCAUACGACGUGAUCGAGCCGAAGCAUCCGAGCGGACUGCACGGCGACCAGUGCCUCGUUAUCUGUCACGGACUAUUCGGCAGCAAGCAGAACUGGCGCUCGCUGUCGAAGCGCUUUGCGCAGGAGCUCGGUAUGCCGGUGUAUUGUCUUGACCUGCGGAAUCACGGCGCGUCGCCGCAUGUUGAGCCGCAUACGAGCGAGGCGAUGGCCGAGGACAUUGCGCUGUUUCUGCAGAAGCAGGGCAUCAAGUCUGGGCUGAACCUGAUGGGACAUUCGAUGGGCGGCAAGGCCGUGAUGACAUUUGCGUUGAACCCGGAGCUGAACGGCCCGCUACGUUCUCUGAUCUCUGUCGACAUGGCGCCGUACAAGGGCAAGCUCUCGAAGGAGUUCACCCAGUACGCGGACAGCAUGCUGGAGAUCGAGCGUGCGGGUGUCGCCACGCGAGGCGAGGCUGACAAGAUCCUGCAGAAGGUCGAGCCGGACAUCGGCACGCGCCAGUUCCUGCUCACGAACACGAAGAACGAGGACGGCAAGAUCGCCUUCCGCAUCCCCCUCGAGCUGCUGAAGAAGUACCUCGACGCCAUCGGCGACUUCCCCUACACCCCCGGACAGUCCGACAGCCCGCACUGGGAUGGACCUGCGCUCUUCCUCCAGGGCACCAAGGCGCGGUACAUCAACGAGCGCAACAUUCCCGUCGCCAAGCAGUUCUUCCCCAACAUGCAGCUCGUCCCGAUGGACACCGGACACUGGGUGCACGCGGAGAAGCCCAACGAGACCGUCCAGCUCGUCGAGAGCUUUAUCAAGACUGGCAAGGCCACCCUUUAG